GGUGACAGAUAGAGAGAUUGGAAUAGCAACAACAGGAAACGAGUUGAUGCCCGUUAAUGCUGACCGGUCGGAACAAGCGUAGAGUGUACCGCUGAAAGAAAUAAUAAUCAUAUUAACAAAAAAGUCUUCCAGAGAAGUCACUUCGCGUCGAGAAUUGAACCCCGGUGGGUACACCACUGAGAGGGACAGCAAUAAACCACAAACUAAUGGAUCCCCCACCCGACCGCUUUGGCCAUCAGCCACACCAGGUGUGCCCAUACCGCCUGUACAGCAGCCCUCCUGGGGCCACCCCCUCCGGCCCUGCCUUUCCCAGCAGCGACCCCCCUUCAUACCCCCUGAUUUCCCACCUCCUACAGCCUGGGGGCCCCCGAAACUGUGGCGUGUACCAAUACCCUGGUAGCUUCACAGAGUCUUGCUCAGAGAGAGAGGAUGAGGAGGAUGAGGAGGAGGGGGCAGAGGGGGAAAAGCAGGGCAGGGGUAUGGCCCCUCCCCUCUCUCAGCUCCUCCCACUGGGGAAAAGGAGGUGUGGCAGCGACAUCGGUGACUGGUGCCAGGAGCUGCUGAGGAUGAAGAGGCUGCGGGCGCAGACCUUCAUCACUGGCAAGGGGGAGGGGCCACGGGGGCAGGGCCCAGGUGGGGCGGGGCUGCAGGACAGAAGGGAACGGAGGGAGGAGCGGUGGCAAGCCAGGCAGGAGCUGAAGGAAAAGUUGCAGGAGACCAGGGGCAAGCUCCUGGAGCUGCAGCAGAGGGUGUGGCAGGUGUACGGGCGAAGGCAGAGGGAGGGGGAGGAGCACAGGUGGGCAGAAGAAGGAGCAGCAAGAGGAGGGAGGAGGGGAGUGGAGGAUGGAGAGAUGCACAGGGACGAAGGGGCAGAGGUGUUUUUGGAGGAAGAGGAGGAGAACAACAGGGACCAAGACAGGGCCCCCUCUCAGAAGCCUCUCCCAGGCCAUUCCCACAAUGUUAGCUCCAGUAGCAACAGGGAAAAGUACAGCAACAAGGCUAUUGGAAAGGAGGACCUUGACAGAGGGAAGGUGUGGCUGGAGUGUGGUCUGGUCAGGGGGGAGUGGGAGGCCAGGGUGGGCGGGGGGCAGAAGUUUGUCCAGGCGCUAAAGCAGGAGCUGGGUAGCGCUGUGGCGCGGGUCAUCGAUCGGGUCGUUCACAUGUAUAGCCAGAGCCAGCCCCCCUCCAUGGCUGGCCUUGCCCCCCCGGAUGGGGAAGGGCAGAAGAGGCAGGGUGUGUCUAGGUUCAGUGGGACAGCCGCCUCUCUGGAGCAGCCCGAAGCUUUGCCCUCGGCUGUGAGGAGCCUGCCGGGAAAGAAACCGGCCCCAAGCCAGAGCUCCCACCAAAACCUGUUGCUACACCAACUGCACCCUGGCCUACCCCACCUACCGCACACCUACGUCCCUCCCCUGUUACCCACCCGUGUCAAAGAGCCCUUCCUGCCCUCGUACCCCCCAGCUCCUGCACCCCUGAGCCUCCCAGUCCUCCACUACACUAUGCAGCAUAUGUUGGCACGUUCCCUGGCCACCCUGCCCCUUCGCAGAGAGUGCCUCUCUCCUGACACCUUCCUGGACUUUCAUCCCCACACCCCUUCCUUCCCGCCCAUCCGCCUCCUGGACCCACUGGAGCCCCCUCUCCCUUCUGACAGGGGAAGGGACAGGGGUGUGAGGGGUGUAGUAGGUGGGUCUGGGGGCGGAUAUGCUGAUGGAGGAGACUCCUCCCUCUACCUCCCUCCGGGAUCAUCCCAUGACGGCCUGACUCCUUGUCAUUUGAAGAAAGCCAAGCUCAUGUUCUUUUACACACGCUACCCCAGCUCCAACACCCUCAAGACCUACUUCCCAGACGUCAAGUUCAACCGCUGCAUCACCUCGCAGCUCAUCAAGUGGUUCAGCAAUUUCCGUGAGUUCUUCUACAUCCAGAUGGAGCGCUUUGCACGACAGGCAUUGAGGGAGGGGAUGGCGGGAGGGGGUGGGGAGGUGUUGCGGCUUCGCCGUGACUCCGAGCUCUUCCGUACCCUCAACCUGCAUUACAACAAGAGCAACGACUACCACGUUCCUGAGAGGUUUGUGGAGAUAUCUGAACUGGCCCUGAGGGAGUUCUUCACUGCCAUUCAAGCAGGGCAUGACAGCGACCCCUGCUGGAAAAAGUCCAUCUACAAGAUCAUCUGCAAGCUGGACAGCCCUGUGCCAGAUUGCUUCCGCAUGCCUGGCUGUCCCACGGACAUCCACAGCACAACAUAAAGCAGGGAACACUCACACAUACACACACACACACACACGCACGUGCAUGCACACUUGCUUACACACUCUGCCCUGCUUACAAACAGCAUACACCCCACUGAAACAUUUUGCAGAACUAACUGACCUCCACACAACACAGUGAGUGGAAUGCCACCUUCCAUAGUACUCUCAGUUUUGCUAAAUCCACACACACACACUCUCCAUGGGUAGAUCUGCAGCUUUCCUGUUUUAGCACCAUGUUUACUCUCCUCACCAAUCUUCUUCCUUCUCCUGCACAGUGGACAGGGGCUCCUGUUGGAUUCUCGGUGCAAAUAUUAUGGGAUGGAGUCCUGGAAGUGACCCUCAAACACAGUUGAUAGCAUGCAAAACGCAGGUCCAUUGGCAAGUACACACCUGUGCAGAGUUGUGGAAACCUCCUUGGGGAGGUAAUGGAGGGUGACAUGCCACUUAUCGAUGGCAAGCAAAUGGAGCCAGGUGCUUAAGACCGAGGGCCAAAACAGUGGCUUCGGGCACAGAUGUUAUCCAGCCAAGUCGCCAAAUCAUUUCACACCUUUUACCAUUUUAACUAUGAGACUGCCACAGAAAUAGCUAGAACUCCCUGUGAGGAGGCAUCGAGCAGGGCACGUGCAUGUGUAGCAGAGCUGAAGUGAUUAGCUCGUGUGAGUCCUGCAUAAAGCCUUAGGUAGCGGGUAGCAGGUAGCCGAGCGGUUGCAGCGGCUACGUCAAUCCCCCAAGACCCGGUUAAGUAGCGUUGUGGCUGACAGGCUAAGGGCGAUUUGCCUUUAGCUCAACUGGCAACAACGCCGGCCGUAAGGGGUUGACAGCGAGCAGUGAGAACCUCGGUUUCGAAAAUCGCUCGCUCGCCGACCCACAUAACAUCAAGUUAAACACAACGCAAGACCCCACCCGUUACACAAGCAUUCAUCUGAUGUACAGUGCAAUGCUGUUUCCAUGUGCUUUGAGGUUUAAAAAUAUGGGGGGUCUAGUUUUGCUAGCAUUUGGCUCAUCCACAUAUCUGCACUACUCCAAUAGACUUGCAAGGAAAGACCAUCACUUCUAUGGUAUUACUCUACAUUUAAUUCAUUUGUAUUUUUCACAUGAAUGUGCUUUUUAUUCUUUAUUUACAACAAAAACUACAUUUCGAACAAGUGAUAAAGCUCAGAGGAACAGGAGCAUUAUAUAAAUGUUAUACCAAAUUUGUGUCAGGAUAUAUUGCUCUAUUAAAAGUCUGUGCCUCAUUAAACUUUUCUGUGAAUUUUGAUGUAAAGUACCUUAUAAAUACAAUUUAAC